GUAUCUCAACAAUCUCUUAGUAGCCAAUUUCCUAUGCAGUAUAGUCAAGCAAUGUUCCAAGGAUGGUUGACAUUUCCACAAAUGCAAUACCAGUCAGCAACUGGAAAUUUAAAGGAGUAUAACAAGAAACUGACAAGAUUGA